AUGAUUCCGUACAAAAACAGAAGUGAUCAACUAACUAUUCAUCAAGGAUGCAUCCUUUGGGGAGCUCGGGUUGUUGUUCCUCCAUCUCUUCGAAGUGAAAUGCUAACCGAAUUACAUGACACCCAUCCGGGCAUGACAAGAAUGAAAGGGCUUGCGAUGUCUUAUGUCUGGUGGCCAAAGAUUGAUUCUGACAUUGAACAGACUGUGUCCACUUGUCCUGUUUGCCAGAAAAUGCGAUCAGAGCCAGCAAAAGCGCCAGUACAUCCCUGGACUUUUCCAUCACAACCUUGGUCUCGCAUUCAUAUCGACUUUGCUGGGCCUAUUGCUGGGAAAAUGUAUCUGGUGGUAGUUGACGCUUACAGUAAGUUUCCGGAAGUUGUUAAAAUGACUACUACAACAGCUACGACUACUAUAAAUGCACUGCGAGAUAUCUUUAGCCGCCAUGGUCUUCCGGAAAUAUUAGUUUCCAAUAACGGACCGCAAUUCAUUGCCGGCGAGUUUCAACAGUUCUGCCGUAACAACGGAAUUAUGCAUCGAACUUCUGCAGCCUACAAACCUUCAACGAACGGUCAAGCUGAACGAGUUGUUCAAAUUUUGAAAUCGGCGAUUGAGCAAGCUCGAAUUACUAAACAGGAUGUGAACGUGGUUAUUGCUAAGAGCUUACUAGUGUAUCGUAAUGCACCACAUUCUACAACGGGUGCGGCACCUUCAGUUUUAAUUAUGGGCAGACGUCUGCGAACACAACUUGAUCUAGUCUUUCCUUCCGUUCAGGAACAUGUGAAGCAAAAGCAAUAUAAAGUCCUUGAACGUUCUGCAAAUUUAAACGUGCGAUCCUUUGUUGAAGGGGAAAAUGUUUUGGCACGUAAUUAUCAAGGGAAAGAGAAAUGGAUUCCUGGAGUGGUCACUAAAGUUCUUGGUUCAAGGCAUUACAUGGUUAGAGUACCUGGAUAUCUGUGGAAACGACAUGUAGAUCAGUUAGUCAAAUACAAUCCGCAGAUUGAACCAGAAAAUGAUUGGGAUGAAGUUGAGAUCUCUCCGGAAAAGAGUGGGACACCGGAAGCAGAACAAUUAUCUGAAAAUUCGAACAGAUAUGGAAACACCUCGGGUACUAGUAGCAAUGAUUCUGUAGAAAAGAGCGAUAAUCAAAACUCUGUCACUGAUAAUUCAAGUGCGAAUAACACAGGUUCCGCUGAAAGACGUUAUCCGUUAAGAGCUAAUCGAGGAAGAACAGAUCCUUAA